AUGCAGCAGCCACAAGGAUACGACCAAGCGGUGUCCAUAAGCGAGUGUGUGGGAAGCCUGCUGGACCUGAGUGUGUGCACGAGGCCCGACAUCGCACAGGCGGUGGGCGCGCUUGCGCGCUACAUGGCGGGGCCGACGAAGGCGCACUGGCGGGCGGCGCUUGGGGGUGUGCGCUACUUGACGGGGACGGCAGAGGACGGGGUGACCUUCGGAAGGAGCGAGGAGGCUCUCAUCGAUUAUUGUGACGCGGAUUACGCAGGAGACGGGACACGAAGCAGUCCACAACGGAGUACGUCUUCCUGA